AUGACUCGCCAUACAGCUCCCUCAUCCUCGGCUGCAGCUGCUACCGGCCGAGUCUAUUUCCUUGACAUCGGUCUCUCGACAUACCCUAACCCCAAUGGUCGCAUCAUCACCUGCAAGCCAGAUGGUUCCGAUAUCCGCGAGCUUGUCACCCAGAUAAAGACCUUGCCCGAUGGAAUUGCCGUCGACUCGGAUCGUCAACAUAUUUACUGGACAAAUAUGGGCGUACCAUCUGCCAACGAUGGGUCCAUUCAGCGGUGCGAUCUUUCCGGAAACAAUAUUGUGACCAUCGUUCCUCAAGGUCAAACACAUACGCCAAAACAAAUGACGAUUGCACCCAAAUCACAAAAGCUCUACUGGUCCGACCGGGAAGGCAUGUGUGUCAUGCGAGCGAAUAUGGAUGGCAGUGACAUCGAAGUGCUAUACCGAUCCGCUCCACCUGGUUCCGACAUGCAGUGCACUCUCAACUGGUGUGUUGGCAUUGCCGUUGACGAGGAGACCGGAUCGGUCUUUUGGUCUCAGAAAGGACCCCCAAGGGCAGGCCAAGGACGAAUCUUCCGAAUGAACAUUGAAAUGAUAGCCGGAGAAUCGGCGGAGCGAAGAACAGAUGUCCAAUGUAUUUUGGAGAACCUUCCGGAACCCAUCGAUUUGGAACUGGACACUUCCUCUCAAACACUCUACUGGACUGAUCGUGGUGACCCCCCCAACGGAAACACCGUAAACUCAGUCGUACUAGACGCGAGCGUCAAGCUGCAACCCAAGAUUUUGGUUCGCAAGCUCCACGAAGGAAUUGGAAUUUCUCUGGACCUCAGAAACGGCCGCAUGUUCUUCGGUGAUCUUGGAGGUGGUCUCUACAGUUCCAGCUUGGAUGGGUCCUGUAAAAACACCCUCAUCUCCGAAAUUGGGGGUGUGACCACUGGCAUUUUCUAUGUGGAAUAA